CAUGCGUAACAUCAACCGACCGUGUCAAGGAUAAGGGCAAUCGAGUAUGAAUUUAUGACUGAGUCAACAAAUCCUUUGUGUUGUGGGUUACAGGUUUGCUUUUUGUCAUAGAGGUGUACAUGUACAUGUAGUUCGUUUCACCUGAACUACAAGUACUUGGCUGUAUAUUAGGCCUACGGUUGCACGUGAUCUAGCUUGCGCUCCAACAGGCGGACAUCUGCAUUCAUGUAUAGACACUUUUCUUCAAUAGAAGUGCGCACCUAGUCAAAAGAAAAGCCACCUGACAGAACUGCAAAUUGAAUAGAUGCAUGUGCAUUAUUUGAUUUGACCACAAUAUGAAGACAACAUCAUUACUGUGCUUUCUGGCGGGAUUGUUCGUUUCCUGUGACGUAGCUUCCCCUGCACAUAUUGACAUACACUCCGAGAUUGAGUGGAAGACAUGGAAAGAAAAGUACGGCAAGAAAUACGACAGCAUGUCUGAAGAAGUCGAGAAGAGGUCUAUAUGGGAAAGGAAUUAUGUCUUCAUCAAUGAGCACUAUUCUAAACUGGAUAGAACCUUCGACCUAUCGAUGAACGAAUAUGGAGACCAGACACAGAUGACCAGAAAGCAAUCUACCUUCACCUACCGUCAGCUAUCCCCAGUCGUACAGUCGCACCACGUGGUCCUGCCAACGAGCGUGGAUUGGCGGACGAAGGGUGACGUCACACCAGUGCGUAACCAGGGCCAGUCUGGCUCAGCGGCAGCGUUUGCUGCAGCCGACGCAGUGGCUAGUUACCAUGCUAUCAACACUGGCAAACUUGCUACGCUGAGCGCUCAAGAGGUGCAAGAUUGUUGCCAAUCUCACAUUGCCGAUUUCAUCUUUGACUGCAUCCACAAACUGGGCGGCCUUUGUAAAGAUAACGAGUACAAGCCAGGCAAUGGGACAUGCCGUAGCAGAUACUGCACACCUUAUGCCGAGGUUCCAACUGGUGGGAAGGAAGUCAACUCCGGGAGUGAAGAUGCCUUAGCCGAAGCCGUAGACAUAGAGCCAGUCAUGGUCAGUAUUGAUGCUAGUCAGGCAUCAUUCCAGUUUUACAGCAGCGGUGUGUACGCCAGUGGUAACUGUUCUUCCACCCUGUUGGACCACAGCAUGCUGCUUGUUGGCUACGGGCAACAGAAUGGCCAGGAAUAUUGGAUCUGCAAAAACUCUUGGGGUGUAUCUUGGGGCAUGAAUGGCUACGUUCUGAUGGCGCGCAACAAGAAAAAUAUGUGUGGGAUCGCAACGGAUGCAACAUAUCCAAACUAGAUCACUGGAGAAACGAAUUCAUCGACUCAAAAAAAUAAGUUUAGGUUCCAAAUGUUUUGCAAAUAUUGAAUGUAGUAAAACUAGCCUCUCGCUCGAGGUAAUCCAUGGUUAUUCUUUUAAUUUUUCCGAGGCGAAGCCGAGGGAA